CUUCAAAAAAAUCCUAAUAUUUCUCGAAUAAUUGAAAAUGGUAUAGCUGUUAUUUGUAUUUGUGAAAAGCGUAUUGCUCUUAAAUUACAAUAUAAUGAGACAUAUCUUAAUUCUCAUAUUAAUGGGCCAGAAUGCAAUCGGUCUACUAGAACACAUGCAAUAACUGAAUUUUUGUUUUAG